AUGAUCCGCUCGUCUUGCGCCGCGGCGCAUGCGCGCUUGAGUCACUCUGGCGCUGCUCUGCCUUCUUUCGGCCAUGUGCGCGCGCGCUACGCCAGCAGAUCAAGCGGGUAUAGCCAAACCUGCGGUUUCUCACACCCACAAGCACGAGUACGAAUACAAGCAGGACCACGCGCCCAAACCCACACCCACACCCACACCCACACCCUCCACCACCACAGAACCCACACCACCCAUCCCGCGCGCAAACCAAGCAGUCCCACAACCACAAUCCCAGGCCCCAGCUGGCUCUGGCUCGAACCAAUCUACCAGCCAUUCCGGGCGUACGGCCGCGUUCAGCAGCGGAAACCAUAUUUGACGCAAUUUGUGUCGUCGUUGGUGAUAUAUUUCAUUGGGGAUUUGGUGGCGCAGGGGAUUGCUGGGGGGGAAGGGGAUGUUGUUGUUGUGGAGGAAGAAGGCGAGGAUGCCAAAGGAGUCGAGGACGAGGAUGUGGAAAAGGGGUGGGUGCAGCAAUGGAGUGAGAAGCGGGAUUGGGGACGGACGGGACGGGCGAUAGUGAUUGGGGGAUUGAGUUCGAUUCCGAGUUAUAAAUGGUUCUUGUGGUUGGGGAAUAACUUCAAUUAUGGGUCCAAGGCACUUAGUCUGACCACCAAGGUCGUCGUCAACCAAGCCCUCUUCACCCCGCUCUUCAACUCCUACUUCUUCGGCAUGCAAUCCCUGCUCAGCGGUGCGACGCUCUCCGAAUGCGGUGAGCGCAUCAAGAACACGGUGCCCACGAGCUGGAUCAACAGCUGCAAACUGUGGCCGAUUGUGAUGGCGUUUAGCUUCACCUAUAUCCCGAUCCAGUACCGGAGCAUUUUUGGCGGUGUGAUUGCGAUUGGCUGGCAGACGUAUUUGAGUCUCUUGAAUCAGCGGGCUGCGGCUAUGGAGGAGGAUGAGCAUAGGGGGGUUGGAGCAGUGGAGCUGGAGGUGGUGGAGAGGCAGAGCAUGGUUGGGGUUGGGGAGGGGAGGGAGGGGAAGCGCGAAGGGGAGAGGUGUGCUGCGUAG